CGGGAGCUCCGCGCUGAGUCACGCUGGGCUGUGGAGCGGGGUUUGGGGGGUGUCCUGGCUGGUGGGACUGACUGGUGUCACUGGUGCCGGCAGCAUGGAGCAAGGACUGGUUGUUACUCAGCUGGACAUCCAGCCUGGUGAGUGCAUCAAGGUCAAAGGGAAGAUCCUGUCUGAUGCCAAAGGGUUUGCUGUGAACGUAGGGAAGAACAGCAGCACCCUCCUGCUGCAUUUCAACCCUCGCUUUGACUGCCACGGGGAUGUCAACACCAUCGUGUGCAAUUCGAAGGAGGAAGGCACGUGGGGUGAGGAGGACAGGAAAGCUGACUUUCCCUUCCAGCAAGGUGACAAGACAGAGAUCUGCAUCUCCUUCAAUGAAGUGGAGGCAACCGUGAAGCUGCCUGAGGCUGAGUUCCAGUUCCCUAAUCGACUGGGCAUGGAGAAAAUUGAGUACCUGGCUGUGGAGGGUGACUUUAAAGUCAAAGCCAUUAAGUUCUGUGACAAGCUAUAGCUUGGUUUGUUGAGUUUUCUCCCCCCCUGCGUAGUGAAAUAAACCCAAACUUGCAA